AUGAGUCGACUAGCACAUUCUGAGUUGCAUCUCACUUUCAGAGACUGGUCUUCUUCGGAGAGCGAAGAAGAAAGCUAUAUGCCGGAUAGCACAUCGCACGGUAAUCCUGACCAAGUUGAUGAUAGGUCGGGAGACGAUGGCGAUCAAUUUGGGACCGGCACAAGCGGGAUUCGUGAGGUUUCCAGAGGAAGACACAGAAACAACUUAUCUGAUAGGGAGUUAGACAAUGAAGAAAGGAACCACGAUGGUAACAACGCUGAAAUCGACGAUGACGGUAAUAGCGACCAUGACAGUAUAUAUCAAUACAAUGAAGGCAAUGGUCACAAUAGGUCACAGAUAAACCAGACAUCUCCGCUGGUAAGUUUGCCUCUUCCUCUGGUUUACAAUAGCACUGGAAUGGUAGACAAUACCUCUUUUACUGAGACUUUUAGUCCCGCUAUGCAAGAGGAUGAAAAUUCAAACUCUUCAACUCCACCUCAUCUACUAAACGGCACGAUAAAUAUUGAAGACAUUCAUAGCACGGAUUGGAUUCCUCGAAUUUUGCAUAAGGACUACAAUAUAAGACAAAGUGCAUUUGCAGGGUCGUCGUUCUUCAAAUAUCAUCCGGAGCAUGAGUUUUGUUAUGGAAUCCCCUUAUCGAUGCAAAAAUAUGGAUUGAUUAACAUGAUGAACGAUCUUUUACUGACUAGAAGCGAAUGUGUUUUAUCCGAAGCUUGUAAAACUGAAUCACAAGCAGAUGAUAAAACCAAGAAAAGGACAUUUAACCAACUUUGUCUUGAAGAUAUGAAUUUAGCAUUUUUAAUGGAUCAAUCGUAUUCAUCGAAGAUCCAACAGCUUGCUCCCACUUCUUUCCUCAAAUCAGGCUCUUGUUUUUCUCUUCCAGUUUCAUUGAGCGGGUCAUUCUUAUCUGUGCGAUUCACAGAUGUUGACUACAAGGCUUUAAACACAACGGGGUAUCUCCAGUUGGGAGACGUUAGGCUUGGAUUCACAGGAGAAUUGGUAGAUAUUUUGAAGUCGGACUUAAGAUACACCAAAAAUAGAAAGUUUUUGAUUGAAGGCAAUGUGUUCAGUAAUUUAUUGAGAAACAAGCUAGUAUUGAGCAAAAAAUUCAAUAAAUGUUUUGAUCGAAAAAGAAAAAAGUGCUACACCAAAGAAAAUUGGAAGCCUUUUAGCAUGAAUAGGAUGGGCUAUAUUGUGAGUAAUAAACCUAGCAGUCAAAGCCUCAGCAACGAACGAACAAUAAUCAACCCUGUUAAGCCCUCAAAGUUUCCUAAUGGCUCAUUAUUUCACAAAUUGCAGGUUACGAGUGAGUCUAAAUUUGACAACUUCAAGUUAUUAUCAAAGUGGUUUGAAAUGCCUCCUUUAAAUCAAUUUAUUAAUACCCCAUCUCCCCCAACCCCUCCAAACAGACAGAAGAAAUGCACAAACAACCCAGAGAAUCUUCUUGUUUGUAAAGAUUGCGUGAACUUGAUGAUGUCAAAAUUCUUGUUCAUAAAAAUGGAAGUCGAUAUUCAUGAACUUUUUGAAAACUCUUUUGACUCCUCAACCAAUGGUUUAAUAUAUCCUGAUUUGAUCUAUAAACAUCGCCGAAGAUUUCACGAUUAUGCAAAUAGGCUGAUGUCAAAAUCUAAUAGUAAUUUCAGAAGGCAUCUUGAACGCCAAAUGCGGGGAAUGACACAUACCUCCAAUUCACUUUUCAAUGACACUAGAGUUAGACCUAGACUUAGUUCAUUCCAGAGUAGCGGAGAUGAUGAUAGUGAUGACGAAGGUAAUCGUGGUGUCCGGCUCACUACUCAAGGGAGCUUUGGGAAUAGAUCUAACCUAGGAUCAGAAGAGUCGCAAAAUGACACGGGAUUUGAGCUGAAUCCUGUAGCAUAUGAAGAAUAUGAUGACGAUCAGAUUGAUUUAGAUUUUAAUUGGGAAGAUAGCAUUGACUUUCCAGAGGUUAACAAUAAUGAAGCCAUGGUCAGUGAUAGUGAAGAAAAUGAUGUUGGAGCUAAUGACGGUAACGAUGAUGGUGUCAAUACUAGCGGUGGGGAGAAUGACAAUGUAAGUGAUGACGAAAGAACCACUUCACAAUAUAAUGGUCCAGAAAAUUCUGGAAUGCUGGCUGUAUGGCCAUUGUCCGCUGAGCGGUUUAGUGAAUCACAUCCUAUAUUAGAUCCGGAUGUCAGUAGUAACGAAGGUGAGGUAACUGAUGAAGAAAUUGAUCAUCCUUAUAAUAUCAUAUUCACCAACGAUAGAUCAAGAAGGGUUUCACGGCUAUUAUUCAACAUCAACAUGGCCAGCGAACAGCAUAGACAUAGACGUGAACCGGUUUCGAGUUUGAGCUUGUACAAGAACGGAAAUACCAGAAUGAAAACUAUUUUUUUGGCAUGUAUUAACAGAAACACAGGUGAACUGCAUAUUCUUCCAGGGAAUCUAGAUAUGAAUAUGUGGAGUAACGAACAAAAUGAUGGAGAACUAUUUGAGGAUGUUGAAACAUUCAAUAAGGUUUACAAGCUGUUCAUGGUGAAUAAUAAUUUAGAAACUGAAAAAGAUUCCAAGUACUCAAGACGGUUGAAAAAUUGGAUAAGAACGCAUCGCAAAACUGAAUCAGAAGAAAUAAAGAAGUUACUGAUGCUACAAAUGUUGGCUAAUCCUUCCAUAAUUAACGGUUACGAAAAGAGGAAAACAGCGCAAAGGCAAAAGGUUGAUGAAAAAAGGAGAAGGAGACAAUUAAAUCGGGAAAAAUUGAAUGAACUGGAGAAGAAAUCAAAACAGCAUGGAGUGAAAAAGAAAAAAGGUAAAGGUAAUGAAAAGGUAGCCAGGGUGGCAAAGGAACAGCAGAAUGGUAUUUUAGCUGACUGUGGUACAGCUGUCGAUCAAUUCAAUGACGAUGUCAAGGAGCAGCUAUAUAGUUUCGUGGGUGAAACUAGCUCUUUUAGCAUUGAUAAUGACAAGGUACUAACAUUUCAGUCCGGCCUUGAAAAUGGAAAAGAUAAACAAAGGCAUGGAUCACUAUUCUCUUUUGAGUAUGCAUAA